CAUAAGGUCCCUUCUCGUCACCAACGACUGUUCUUUCACAGACCUUCACACUGACUAGUCGGAAGAUACUUCCUAUGUAUGAGAAGCAUUUAGACCUCAUGGCGCCGUGCUGUUGGCCAUCUUCAUAGAUAAAUCCACAGCAUGGGAGCCGCUUCUUCCUAGCUCUCCCCCUUCAAUGGUCUGCAUACUUCCGUCGCUUCCCUACCCCUGGGAUGAAGGAGAAGAUUCAAACACAUACUCCGAGCCAUGGCCAACCGUUACAUCAUCGUCUGCGACCGCGGCAACUCAGUCAUAUUCAACAGAUGAACCUAGGUCCUCAUCCACCACUCGAUCCAUCCAUCCCGGCGUCAUAAUAGGAAUUGCCAUAGGAGGGAUCGCCGUCAUACUCGUUCUCUUGCUCCUCCUUGUUUUCUUCCGGAGUCGUUACAAAGAGCGGAAAAGGAAGUCACAGAUACCAGAUCCGUACCUUCAGAGAAAAAUCACCUGCACCUCUGAUCCGACCCCUUCUCCUGAGAUGCAGACAUUAGAUACACCUCCUGCUCCAUCCGGUGUACAGGAUAGUCAUGACGACGUGGGGGCACCCAACGAAAGGGCGAGGCUGGAGCAGCUAGAGUCAAUGGUCCGGCUGCUCAUAACCGAGCGGCAGCGGAGCUGUAUUUCGGAGAUACACGAGCCUCCGCCUGAUUAUACCUUAUCAAACCUCAGCACCGAUAGAACUAGCUAAUGAUCAGUACGACUUGAUUUUGCAGAUAUAAUACAUUCCUUGUCUGGGAACGAUAAUUCGGCAUGAUAUUAACAUUUCAAACUUGGGGCCCUCUCCCGCCCAGUUCAGAGGUACGCCUAGACAGUACGGAACGGUUUGUCCAUAUUCGGCAUAUC